AAAAAGUAUCCGCAGUGGUGAGAGAGUAAAACACAAAAUAUGAGAAGAUCAAGAGUGAGGACUUAAAAAUGAAGCCUCCUAGGAAAAGAGGAGAGUCACAGCAGAGAACAGCUUAGAAGAAGAAAACUUCAAGAGUUCUUGAGAGAUGGCUUUGGAGACAUGUGGAAACUGUUUGAGUUGCCUGCUGGUGCCUCUUGCACUUUGGAGUAUUGUUGUGAAUGUCCUCCUAUACUUUCCAAAUGGGAAAGCUCUGCCUGCUGCCAGUUACCAGUUCCCCAACCAUGAGUGGUAUUUUGAAGGCAUCUGUUUCUCAGGUGUGAUGAUCCUUCUUUUGGCAGUAAUUCUGAUAACACUGGAGUGUAGUGUAUUCUAUCGGUGCUGCCAGAGUGAGAGCUGUAACAAAACCUACAGGAGUUUUAUUUCUAUUGUGCUAGCCCUGCUUGGAAUUGCUUUCUCGGGAUACAGUUGCAUCAUUUUUACCCUGCAUUUGAUUCAAGGCCCUUUCUGCAAUUCAUCAAGUGGAUGGAAUUAUAUUUUCAAAGACACUGCUGGGGGGUACCUCACAGAUUACCCUGCCUGGUCUAAGUGCACAGAACCUGCUAACAUAGUGGAGUGGAAUAUUAUUUUACUCUCGAUUUUGAUAGCACUCAGCGGACUGCAGUUGAUCAUCUGUAUUCUCAAAGUAGCCGCUGAGUUGAAACGAACACUCUGUGGGACCUAUUCUGUUUUUGUGCAGGCUGGAAUUCUCUGAAAAUGGCAAGGAAAUUGUUGCUGCUUCUCCCCCAUCCCCAAAAAAAGAGAGAAAUGGCCUCUCCGUAAUCCAUAGCGGUAGAUUUGAGUGCUACAAAGAAAAAUGUUACCCUCGUCUUAAAUCUCUAGCCAUCAAACUUCUGUGUUUUGGAUGAAGUCUAUUUGAACUAUCUGACAUCUACAUUCUUCUUCACCUGUCCUGUUGAGCCUGGCAGGAACUUACCCUCCAACUUGUGACAGUAGGGAUAUUUUACUGUAAUGGAACUGCUUUUGUAUUGAAAUUACCUUAUUGUUUUUUCUUAAUAGGAUGCUGUAGAACUGCUUUUGUACUCCCUUGUCAUUGCUUAGACCAUAUGACUGUUUGUGGUUUCAAAAGGGCCUGGUUCAAAGCCUAGUACAUCAAGAGGGGCUGUUAGUGCAGUGAGUGAAGCCAUGAUUUCUAAAUGAAUGAAUUUUAAUUACAGACAGACCAUGAUGGCAAUCAUGGAAGGAGGUGGGCAGAGCCUACCCUCGUCCUUCCACCUUAGAAGUUUGUAACUGCAAAAAGCAAUUACUGAAAAAAAGUCUAUCAAGUCUUUCUGUGGUAAAAAAGGCACCUGGGCCUGAUUGACUUAUUGGACAUGCAGGUCUGAACUCAGCUCUACUAAUUGGUACAUUUCAAUAGCUGCACUGGGUUUCUUUUCACUUUGCAUUUUGAGGAAAUUUUUUUUUCUUUCAGUCAAGUAUGAUUGGACUUGAGGGAACAUGUGAGGGAACCUUGUGAGCACCCAGCGCUAGCUUAUUAAUAUCCUUCCGAGUAUCCUGACCUUGCUACAAUGAAAGGCUAACAUUCUUGACAAUGAUGAUCCAAUGAAAAAGAAUAACUUGUUUUAAAUUAGCAGCUAAAAGGUAUUUUUACUGUCUCAGAGAAUUAUUUUUUCAUUCUCAGUGAAAAUUCAGGGAUUCACAAUGAAGUGGACAACUGGCUCAUUUGCAGUUGCAUGGCCAGCAUUUGACUGUAUUUAGCACUCAUGGUUUUGGGGGUUUUUAAAAGUUUUUUCUUCUGAGCCCUAAGAGGAAAGAGAAAUAUGUACUUCAGACUUGCAAUAAUGCAUGUAUGCCUAUUACAUCAGAACUAGUGCAACUCAGGUACAUUGUCAUCAAAUACUAAACACUGUUAGAAAUGCAAACCAUACAAUAAGUGUCAGCUUUGGGUAAAUUAUUUAGAAAAAAUUAGAAUAUAUCAGUCAUUUAGCUCUGUUUCAAGACAUUGUUGAGUUUUUGCCUUCAUAUUCCUUUGUCAGAUGGUUUUGAAUAGCUGAUUUCUUCCUGUAGGAUUUCAAGAAUGCAUCUAAAAUUUUUAUUGCUUAGUUUCUUUUAAGUUGCAAGAAGUAUAAAGUAAUUAAUAACAUCUAAAAAUAGGGCUAGUCUUUUGGGAGAUGGUUCAACCUGGCAUGGAUUGUCAGGGAUGCAUGAUACAAAGGCAUGAUGAUAAAAUGAGGACUGUGUCAUUGCACACUUGUUUUUCUUUAGACUUAAAUAUGUGACAUAUCAUUUAUCUUAAAUUAUAGUCCUGCAUUUUUAUGGAUUUGUGGAUGUUGUUUGUGAACAGAAGGAAAAGAAAGAAAAAUUAAAAAGCAACCUGUACUCCCACCAAACAUCUCAGAGAAUCUUGCUGAUUUCUUGCCUACAAAAUCUGGAUCUGUCUUUAUCAUUUUUUGUGUGAUUGUGCCUGGUGAAUUUACAUUUCCACUGUAUCACAGACAUCUCUUAAUUUUGGGGCUUAAAUUAAAUAAAGAGACAUGUAAUAUAGUUCUUGUUUGGCUUCCUGAUCCUGCAACACUUUUUACCCAUAAUUCAGAACCUAGCAUCUCCAUUACCAUAACCAGCCUCAGCUGCAACUUGGUGGUUCUGCUUUUAAAGAUGCAGUUUAUUGAUUUGAAAUUGUUAAGAAUACUAAAGGCUAACAGUGGGCUGUAUUUCCAAAUUUAACAGCCAGUUUCACACAGGCCUUUUGGAUGUAAGGCAAAGUUAAUCUUGAUCUGAUCAUUUAAGUCCUGAUUCAAACCUAAGUAUAUUGUCUUUAAAAAGUGGUGCUAUGAGCUGUCUCUGGUAGCAGAACCAAGAUUCCUGCAAAGGAUUUUAAUUAACUGUCUGGAAAUCUAGACAUAACCAACGAUCCUGAUGGUGGUGCUUCAGGCAAUGUGACUGUGCAGCUGCAGAACGGACCUCGCCCAACAACAGGGAGAAGUGGCCCUCAGGGCCAGAACAAGGCUUGCACCAUGUUGGAAUGUGGAGAAACCCCUCUUUGCGCAAGAGUUCCUGGACACAAAAUGCUGAAAUCCCCACGUAAAACACCCCAGGCACAGGAGGAAGAAAGCCGCGGAUAUGAGUUCAUGAACUCCUGGCAGAGAGGAAUUAGUGCUGAAUCUGCAGUAGGAGUUCAAGCAUUGUUUGUCCCCCACAGCCAGUGCGUUUUGCCAGAGGAUCAGGAUUCUGUGUCUGGGACAGUAAUGCCAUUCAUUUAAAAGACUGCAGGUGGAAAUCACAGUAGACAUUCAGUUUUGUAGUAAAAUACUGUGGAGCCCCACCUACACCUUUGCAUUUUAGGGUAUAUUAAUAUCCGUGUAGGUAAAAGUGACUCUGGCAAAACUACAAUUUCCUUAUUGUUCCCAUUAUGGAUAGAGGGGUUUUACACAUGGAGCAGCAGAGGAUAAAUGAGGCUGCACCAGCUCUUUAAAUGGUGUUUAACUGCAGAGGUUUACAGGCAACCAGAGCAGCAGCAUGGGCUGCAGGCAACAGACACACAUCAGCCAAAUGCAAGAACUGUGAAAUGGUGGGGGCUCAAUUCAG